AUGGCGACUCCAUCUCACCAGCUGAGUCCCCAAAGCAACGCCUUCUCGCCGCGCGCUUUUGCGGUCCAAAAUGGACGGUCAUCAAACAGCUUCCGUGGUUGCUCGAGGAUCACCGACUACGACAUCAUAGGAAAGUUGGGAGAAGGGACAUUUGGAGAGGUUCACCGUGCGCGAUCAAAGAAGAUGGGAACUGUGGUUGCAUUAAAGAAGAUUUUGAUGCAUAAUGAGAAGGAUGGGUUUCCGAUCACCGCCCUCCGAGAAAUUAAGCUGUUGAAGCUUCUGUCGCAUCCAAAUAUCCUCAAGCUGGAAGAGAUGGCAGUCGAACAUCAUACAAAAUCCACGGACAAGAGAAAGCGCGCGAUUAUGUACAUGGUUACUCCAUACAUGGAUCAUGAUCUCUCUGGUUUACUCGAAAACCCCAGUGUCAAGUUCACCGAACCGCAGAUCAAGUGCUAUAUGCUUCAACUCCUCGAGGGACUACGAUAUUUACAUGAGAACAAAAUACUCCAUCGAGAUAUGAAGGCUGCAAAUCUCUUGAUCAACAACAAAGGGAUAUUACAAAUUGCGGAUUUUGGAUUGGCGCGACAUUACGAUGACCCACCUCCGGUAGCUGGCCAUGGCGGAGGAGAUGCGACGAGAGAUUAUACUACACUUGUGGUCACUCGAUGGUAUCGUCCUCCGGAGCUUUUAUUGCACCUAAGGAAAUAUACAACGGCCAUUGACUUAUGGGGUGUGGGUUGCGUAUUUGGCGAGAUGCUUAUUGGCCGGCCCAUUCUGGCUGGCGACAGUGAUCCUAAUCAGCUAAAGAUCAUCUUCGAGUUGGUUGGUACUCCAACUGAAGAGACCAUGCCAGGAUGGAGAUCUCUGCCUGGCGCCGAGGGGAUGAACUUCCCUCCACGGCCUUCCAGCUUGUGGCAGCGCUUCCGAGAAUAUGGCUCAGGUGCCAUUUCACUAUUGGGCGAGUUGCUGAAACUCGAUUGGCGAAAACGUGUCAAUGCUAUCGAUGCAUUGGAGCACCCAUACUUCAAAACUCCGCCUUUGCCUGCAAUAGCAGGCGACUUGCCAACCUUCGAAGACUCUCAUGAACUGGAUCGUCGCAAGUUUAGAAGCCAAAAGGCUGCCCCUCCACCAGCUCCAAAAGGAGGCACUGUGGGCAUGGGUCCGACAGGUGGAUGGGGAGAACCAUCUACAAAUGGUACUGGUUAUAGCCAUGGUGAUGGGUAUGGCGGUUACCGUCACCAUAAUAGCGGUCGCUAUCCUCCUCACGGCGGGCACCGCAAUGGCGUGCCACCUCCCCCACCACAGGACGACCGCAGACCUGCGUGGCGACGUGAUGACCGACCAGACCCAAGAGGGCUACCUCCAAGACCACCACCCGUCGACUAUCAUGACGCCGGUAGGGGUGAUCGGCCAGAUGGAUAUAGAUCUCGGUCGCGUGAGCUAGAUCGGGGCCCACCACCUCCGAGAAGCAGGGGUGGAGUUCCAAAUGUUGAUACAUACAUUCCCAGUUAUGGCGCCGACAGUGGGCGGAGAGACGACCGACGUAGACGUGAUGACCGCGACGAUCGUCGGCACGUUGGAGAUAGAGACCGUCACAGCACUAGAAGCCGAAGUCGCAGUCCUGCUAGAGAACGCGAUAGAGAUAGGAUUCGAGAGCGGGAACCAAUUGAUAGGGAGAGAGAUAGGGACCGUGUCCGCGAUCGUGAUAUUUACCGUCGGUAA